AUGGGUUUAAUGAAGACUCCCCAGAUAUGUAAUUGUUUUCGUCUAUGGGAAAUCCAAGAAGCAGAUGAAGGAGGCAACGAACCCUCACCACUACACGCAGCGCCGAACUCCCCCAUCAUCGGCGGUGGUCACGGCUGUGCCGACUGCGUCGAGGACGACACUGCUGCGGAGGGCCUCCUGGGAAGGGGACAGGGACUUUCAUCGAUAGAGGAGGCGGCGAGCCGGGAAGCGUAG